UUGUGUGAACGCGUCGACUGUCACAAUGACGUUAACUUUGACAGUUUGACGCACGUGCCCUUAAGCAUGGUGUUUAUUUACCAGAUAUCUUGGUUUUUAAAUGGAUUAACGCAAUAAAAAUCUUAUAAUGCCGGCCACAGUACAAAACGACACUCUUAUAUACAAAGGAAGUAAUUUUUUCCGGCAGCGGUUGCUGUUAUCCACUUUAAGUGGUCGUUCCGUGAGGAUAGAAGAGAUCCGGAGUUCCCACGAUGAUCCUGGCUUGCGGGAAUACGAAGUGAGCUUGAUACGGCUGCUGGACAAAGUGACGAACGGCACCAGGGUGGAGUUGAGCGAGACGGGCACGUCUGUGUUUUACCAGCCGGGAAUUCUGAUCGGAGGACAGGUCACACAUAGUUGUAGCACACAGAGAGGCAUAGGUUACUAUUUAGAAGUGCUGCUAGCACUAGGUCCAUUCUGCAAGGAGCCACUGAAUGCUGUGCUGCAAGGAGUCACCCACCAUGACCUGGAUGUAUCGGUAGACAAGGUGAAGGCGGCAGCAUUGCCAAUAUUGCUGAAGUUUAUAUUGGUGGAUGAUGGACUGGAACUGAAGGUGGUUAGGAGAGGAGCGCCACCUCUCGGCGGCGGCGAGGUGGUAUUCCGCUGUCCCGUGCGACGCGGCGUGCGCCCACUACAGUGGGCCAGCUGGGGGCUCGUGAAACGUAUCCGUGGAGUGGUGUACGCGCUGCGUGUGUCGCCCACCAUGGCUAACAGAGUGGUCGAGGCAGCUAAAGGGGUGAUGCUCAAAUUCCUGCCCGACGUGUACAUUAACACAGACCAAUGCCGCGGCCCCAACGCGGGCAAGAGCCCCGCCUUCGGCAUCAGUUUGGUGGCCGAGACUAAUGAGAAAACGUUCUACUGUGCUGAGGCGAAAUCAUUAGAAGCUGGCAGCGGCGAGACGACGUUACCCGAAGACUUGGGCCGCGAGUGCGCCCAGAAACUCCUGGAUGAGAUCUACCGCGGCGGCUGUGUGGACUCAGCAUUACAAUGGCUCGUGGCGCUGUGGAUGGCGCUGGGACAGAAGGACGUCAGCGUUUGUGUGGUGCGUACUAUACAUUACAAUUCAAAACUCUUAUAAAUUAUGCUCAGAAACUCCUGGAUGAGAUCUACCGCGGCGGCUGUGUGGACUCAGCAUUACAAUGGCUCGUGGCGCUGUGGAUGGCGCUGGGACAGAAGGACGUCAGCGUUUGUGUGGUGCGUACUAUACAUUACAAUUCAAAACUCUUAUAAAUUAUGCUCAGAAACUCCUGGAUGAGAUCUACCGCGGCGGCUGUGUGGACUCAGCAUUACAAUGGCUCGUGGCGCUGUGGAUGGCGCUGGGACAGAAGGACGUCAGCGUUUGUGUGGUGCGUACUAUACAUUACAAUUCAAAACUCUUAUAAAUUAUGCUCAGAAACUCCUGGAUGAGAUCUACCGCGGCGGCUGUGUGGACUCAGCAUUACAAUGGCUCGUGGCGCUGUGGAUGGCGCUGGGACAGAAGGACGUCAGCGUUUGUGUGGUGGGCCCACUCUCCGACUACACCAUCACCUUCCUCCAACACCUGAAAGAGUUCUUCGGCGUCAUGUUCAAGCUGGAAGUGUUGCGAGCCGAUGAUGACGAUGACAGUGACGAGGAGACGUCCACGGCGCAGCGCGUCAAGAUGACGUGCGUGGGCAUCGGUUAUGUUAAUAUUAGUAAGAGGACGCUGUAGAACUUGUGGUGUAAAUAAAUAGUUAUUACAUUA